AUGUCAGACCGACCACCGGAGGAGAAUGAGUUUGCAAACUACUAUAUAUGGCUAAUCAAGGAUAGGGGACCAGAAGAACUGUUUCGAGUGAUAAGAUCUACCCCUGGUUUGCCGGAUAAGUCAUAUUUAGUGGAAAAUAUUGAAAAAGCAGCAACACAAUUCGCACUGGCUCGAGUUGAACAGUUGAAAAGUUCACUGGAAGGAUGGGAAGGUUUGAUAGAGAACAUGACUACGGAAGUUGCUGCUAUCAUGUUCAACGAGUUUCUUGCUGGGUCUCGAUCGCUGGAGGAUUUCGAAACUCGCAAUUUCUCGAAAAAAGCAAAUAAAAACUCAAUUUUAUUUAUUUUCAGAGGAGAAGCAGGUGGUCCGCAACCGCGCACCAAUUUCCCAAUGUACUGGACUAUCAAUCCAAUUUAUCAGACAUCAACGAUCGCUGAGCUUCGGGAAACUGGUGCAUUGCCAUCUUCGCAAAUCAUGUUUGCCCCACACAGCGAGGAGUUUUUUACUGAAGAAGCCAAUAGGAUGUACUAUACUCGCCUCUUUGGAAACCCAGAAAUUUUCAACCGUGUCUUGAAAGAAAACAGCAAGUUAGUACAGUUUAAUUACGUAGGUAGCACAACGAGAGAGUUCAAUUUCAGAACCCCAAACAUGCCAGUGCCAAAAGUUCCAGCAAUGCCGUACCACCCGUGGAUGAACAAGAAAGACGUACGCGAGAUUUACGAGAAGACGGUCGGAAAUUUGCUCGGACGAUUGAAGCAGCAUCAUCAAGAGCAGAAGCAGCAACAGAUGCAAGAGGAGGAGCAGCCACAAAAUCAGCAAGAACAGGAGCAAAACGGCGAAGCUGUGCCACAAACACCACAAGCUGUUCCAGUUGGGUUUGCUCCACACCCCAUGACAGCAGUUCCGAUGGGUGUUCAAAUGUUCUCUCCGAUGCAGGUGGUGUCACCGAUGCAUUUGUCUCCACAGCAAUUCAAAGCGUGGCAUGAUGGACUGUAUACAGCAUACCACGAGUACCAAGCUCAACGGGGUGAAUACCAAGCUCCACAACAACAGGGAGCACAAGACGACCAGCAAAUGCAACAACAGCAACAACAAUUGCAGCAACAGCAGCAACAGGAGCAAAUUCAGUUGCAGCAACAGCAACAGUUGCAUCAACAGCACCUGGCAAUGCAACAUCAAAUCCGGAUGGAACAGCAAAUGCAGCACGACUAUCAAAUGCAGCAACAACGCAUGCAGCAUCACUUCUAUCAACAGCAGCAGCAACAACAGCCGCAGUUCCAUCAGCCUCAACGCUUUUACAACAAUCAGCAGCAAUUCCACCAACCACGCAAUUUCAAUAAUCAGAGAGGAAGAGGAAAAGGAGGACGAGGUGGAGGUGGAGGUGGAUACCAAAGAAAUCAUAAUGGAUUCAACCCAAAUCGUGCGAAUACCUCAUCUUCGGUACCACCACCACAAGAGCGAUCACAGCCAAAUCAAGAAGAAGCACGAGUUGCUGAGCCAGAACAAGUAACUGAUCAAUCAUUCCCUAAACUCAAUGGAGACGAUGUAUCAGCAAAUCUGGAAGUAAACGUAUCGGUCCACCAUGCUAAGCAGAAUGAAUCGGGAGAGGCUGUGGCAACAGUGACAACCCCACGGAAGUUCAGCGAUGUUGUUAGUCACAAGGUUCAAGCUCCAACUGCUGUCGCUCCAGAAAAACCCAAGGAAACCAUCGUAGAGGAAACCUCACAGCCAGAGAAUGGAAAGUCUACUGCUGAACAAGAAGAACCAGAAGCUGAGGAAGAGGAUUGUGCCGUCGAGAAUGUCGAUCCAGUUGUUGAAAAUAUGGAGUCUGCUGAUGAGAGUGUGGACCCGGCUAUUAUCGACCUUACAAUCGGAAAAGUUGCAAAAUCAGUGGAAGCUGCUGAAAAUGAGCCACAAAUUAUCGAGGACAUGGCAAACACUGCACCAAUCGUCGAAGCUGUUGCUAAGACUGAGAAGCCGAUUGCUGAAGACAUGGCAGUGAAGAAAACUACUUAUGCUUCAAAGAUAAUACCAAAUCCAACUCAAUCAGCUGAGAAUGAAAAGGAAACUUCUCAAACCGUAGACGCUUCUGCAAGAAAAGCCGACGAGCAGCUCGUGCAAGGCAAUGGUGGAGCAGACAAGCCAAUCGCUGACAACGUGAAACCUGUUAAUGGAAUCAAAAACACGAAUCCGUCCGACACAGAGUCUCUUCCAUCCUCCUCCGCUCUUGUUGUCGACACUAGUGAGCCAACCCCUCCUGCUGCUGCUCCAGCUACUCCACAUAGAACCAUCGCGGAAGUAGUUCAGCAAAGCCUUUCCGCGACUUCGUCUCCAGUUGCGAAACGUGUCACUUCGGCUCAGCCAUCUCCAGCGGUCAAGCCACAACCAACAGCUGAAAAAAGUUGGUCCCGCUCACCAGCUGCAAAUGACACUUCACAAGGCAAACCGAGGGAACAAAAUAGAAGAGGUCGGCGAGAUCAGCCACCCAAACCUUCAAUGUCGUAUGCUGAUAUGCUAUACCCAAUGGAUAAAAAAGACAAUGCAACUGGAAAGAGAGAAAGUUUCACUGCUAGAAAAGACAACACUGCUGCAUCAUCUUCGUCUUCAUCCUCUUCCAAGUCUUCUUCGUAUAUCAAAACGCCUGUUCAGAAGCAAGCCCCAAUUCCGCCAACCGAUUGGCACACUGUUAAAAAGAAGAAAUCGAUUGAUUCGGGCGCUUCGUCUCCACCACUCCUAGCGGCGAGCUCUUCUCCUCCUUCGCAGGCUGCUCCAAAACCGGUCGUGGCACCACCGAGCCCAAAAGCUCCGGAACCUUCGGUCUCUGACGAUGACGAUGAAGUUGUAAACGCAGAUGACCCGGAAGCAGAGAAGAAACGACAGAAACGUAGAGAGAAGCGUCAAAAGUUGAAGCAAGCCAAUCGUCAGCAAAAACAGCAAGUUAAGGAGCAGGCUCGCCAAGAAUCGCUGGCAAGAGUCGAAGUGAUGAAUGGAGAACUGAAUAAAAGUUUAGCAGCUAAUGGUGUUAAUCCAACGGAGCCACCGAAACCUGCGUUUGACAGAAACGAUUUGGCUGCACGCCGUAAGAAACGACUCGAGUUGCAGAGAAAAUCAGAGUUCCAAGAACCACCACGAACUAUUGCUCAAACUCGAACAACGCAGUCCUCCGAUCAGACGCCAUUGUUCUCUUUCCUUUCAAACGUUUCUAACAUUCCGGAUAUGCCUGAUGAUCCUGUUCCGGCUACCGUCCCAACUCCCUCUCCGGCACCUCGUCCUCCAACUGUUUCCAACGUCCCAACUAUUCCGACAAUCCCAAGUCUCCCAAGUCUCCCUAUCCUCCCGAGCCUCACAAGCCUACCAUGUCUUCCGGGAAUUCCAAAUUCUCCAAUGAAUGCGUCAAUUGCCGCAGGCCAAUCAGCAAUGAGUGCAUAUGGGAUGGUCAACCAGAUGCUCCCACGUGGAAGCCCUUUCGGAGUGACUACUGCCGAUGGCUCUAAGAGUCUCCCAUUGUAUCUUCCUAGACAAGACGGUCUGAAAACUAAUUUUGAUGGACCAACUGCUAUAAUGUUGCAACAAGACGAAAAAAACAAAACUUUUGUGCCAAUUUUGGUCAGACAAAUCGGUCCUGGUGAACCCAAGGCAGAGAAGACAGAAGCCGAUCAUAACGCGGAGAUGAUCGAAAAUCUUCUUCAAUUUGACGCCGAUGACGUUCUUCCAACUCUCAAUAUUCCGGACAUUGAACACACUACCAUAUCCGUCGGAUUGGAAGAAAUCAAGAAAAUGUAUUCGCGUGUUGAGAAAGCCGGCCAACUCCUCACCUACAGAACUGGAAGUUCCAAAAUCUCGCCAGAGCAGGAAGAGAAAAUGCUGCAGCUGGCUAUCAAAUUGUUGAGUAACAACGUGGAACUCACCGAGAAGGAUAACAGAUACAUCGACACUAUUGGAAAUGUGGUCGCUCAUUGUUCUACAAGCUUCAAUUACACAAAUUACAUCACUGGACUCGUGGAUUUUGCUAAAGAUCGUGUCGAUAAGCUACAACCCGGCCCGCUUCGUCAAAACUACGAAAGAUCAGUGGUGCUCACCAGAGUGUUUUUGAAGAAGACCAAGAACCUUUACGAGAGAUUGUCUGCAUACUAUGAUUUCAAGGAUUCAAAGAAACCUGAGAAAUAA